UUUUGCUCUUGUUUAUAACUGACUGUUUGUUUGUUUGUUGUUUGUUUAGAUAAAAUGAAUUCCAGUAUUUCAGCACUGUAUGUUGGUGAUCUGCACCAUGAAGUGACAGAAAACAUGCUGAUGGAGAAAUUCAGCUCUGUGGGCCACGUUCACUCCAUCCGGAUCUGCAGGAACUGGAACACCAGCGUUUCACUCAGUUACGCCUACGUCAACUUUUACCAGCGAGCCGAUGCUGAGCGAGCGUUGGCAACACUUAAUUGUGAGCUCCUUAUGGGGAACCCUAUGGGAGUCAUGUGGUCUCAGUGGGAUUCCACCAUGAGGAAAAGUGGCAUCGGAUACUUGUUCAUCAAGAACUUGGACCUGGAGAAGAUUGACAGCAUGGCCCUUUUUGACCUGUUUUCAGUCUUUGGGAAGAUCCUGUCAUGCAGGGUUGUCCGUUACAAGACGGGGACAAAAGGAUAUGGAUACGUCCAAUUUGAGUCUCCAGAGGCGGCGAAUUUGGCAAAAGAGAAA